AUGGUUUCUUACAUUGUGUGCGUUGUUCUACUUACAUGUGGAAUUGCUUCCGGUCGGUUUGCUAGCGAGCCGGAAAACAUUUCUCCUGCGACAACCAAAAGCGUCGUUCUCAGGUGCGACCCAGACGUGAGGAACGCCGCUGUUGUUCUUACUAUCAACAUCAAGAAGAAAGACAGUGAUGCAGGACUGAAAACAGCACCUUCUGCGACUGUGGCCCCGACUGGUAAAGUAGUCAAUAAUGAGGAGACAAAUCCGAAACAAGAAGAAGUUGACACGACCACCACCACCACAUGGUCACCACUAGGUUUUCCCAUACUGAAACCUCUGCCACAUAGCUCCAGGAAACGGCGGGACACGGCCGGCGAGUUUGUCAGGGCAAUGAUUACUGCUACAAACGACACGGACAUCGUUCCAAGGGAUGACAGAUUCCAGGUGAACGGAGACAUCAAAGCCCCGCCUCACCUGUCUGUGUUCAUCAGUAACCCACGGCUCAAGGACAUCGGCCUCUACGAGUGUGAGGUCACUAUCAUAGACCACAAUGGCGCCCUGAAGACUUUCUCGGAGCUGACCCAGAUCAGAGAAGUGGUUGAGAUGACAGUACAGGAUUUGGAGCAGCGGGUCAAGCAGCUAGAGGACGAUCGACAGUCCAACACAGCAUCCAUGCAGGAUAUGAAGAAGGCGGUGGAUAGUUGUGUGGAAGCCAACAAGUUUGUGAAGGAAGACAUCGCGGCCCUACAGAAGAAAACUGAUGAUCUUAUGAACACUAUCACGGAACUUAACAAGGAGGUGAGCAGUACCAGAUUGUCCACUGGCGGCGAUAGCCAAAAGAAACCAGACCCCAGGCGUAUCGGUGACCAGUAUGCUGAAGGAGACCCUCGUAGUGAUGAACUCUUCAGACUGAACGCUAGAAUCGACGAGCUGAUCACAAACCAACUCCAUGCCCUGGCUAAGAACUUCAAGGAGCUGCGCGAUUACGCGAGUUACACGCGCGAGAGACUGUUUUCUCUUGAAAAUGUCAGGGGAUUACACGAGAAACGUCUGAAAACAUUGGAAGAUUUUGAAUGGAUAGGAAUCAAGGAAAGCUUGCAGGCCAUUGAAUUGAGGACGCUACCUGUGCUCAUAAUGAAUGUUACUGACGCGAGCAAAAAUAUCACAGACUUAUACAGUCGCCUUGAUACGUGCUGCGGAGACACUCCAGUGGUAGAAACAACCCUACCAUCAUCAUCAUCAUACUCCUCACUGUCAUCACAAGUACUGUCAUCACAAGUACUGUCAUCACAAGUACUGCCAUCAACACAAACUGCGGCAGUAACAGAAGAGCUGAUCCCCAACUACACCGGGCCAGCAUGUUUUGUGUGUGGUAACAACAUCACAGAGGAGAAAUGUCCUGUCACACACAGGAACAAGACAAGUGCCUGCCUUCCUCAUGAACGAUUUUGCAUCACCGAUCUCUACCAGGACGGAAUGGCUCGACAUAUUUACAAAAG